AUGUCAACAUCACCGCAUCAACUCUUCCUCCUCGCCGACCACAUCAAACUCUCCCUCCUCGAACGCCAACGCGCCCAAUCCCUCAAACUUCCAGGCAACAGCACGAAUGAUGGGCCCCUGACACGGUCAUUGGAGUCUCUGCGCGCUGGCAUAGAAGCCUUGACAUCCAAUGCUGAAGAGCAAGAGUCUUCGGGCGAACAUGUCUCCGACUUGCACACUCAACUGGACAAAUUGCGCAAACAAUACGAAGACCUGAACGCGCAGUUCAAUGGCCACACAACGACAACCUCUACCACAACGCCAAACGACAGUACGCGGGCCCCUGAUUUUGCAGCUGCGAAGUCCACACCCACGCGUAACAAAUCCGUCCGCUUCGAUAAACCAUACCGUGAUACCUCGCCUGAUGAUGCCAACCGUGGGAAACUCUUUACCUCGUCUUCCUCACAACCAUACACCGACGAUGAGCCUGCCGUACCGGAUCAGACCGACUUGUCCAACCAGCAAAUUCACGAAUACCAUAAACAAGUGUUAUCAGACCAAGAUGCUCAACUCGAUCAGCUAUCAAGCAGUAUAGGACGUCAAAGGAUGCUGGGUAUACAAAUGGGAGAUGAGAUGGAUGAUCAGAACGUCAUGCUCGAUGACCUGGAAAGCGGCGUGGAUCGCUUCCAAGGCAAUCUCGACCGUGCAAGAGGAAGACUGGGCAAGGUUGCGCGAAAGGCCAAGGACAAUUGGAGUUGGGUCACGAUUGGUGUCCUGAUCCUGAUUUUGGUAUUGUUGCUGGUUAUUCUUAAAUGA